ACCUCUGAGUCGAGCAAGAGCAGAGAACCUAAGCGACUCAGCGCUAGACAGCAGAUAGGCAACCCACUGCGAUAUAGCAAACACACAGGCACACAUCAAAAAUACAGAAGUGAACUCAAAAGUAAUAACCAAAAAUAUUACAAAAGAGGCUGAUAAGAACUUCACUGGACCGAAGCAGCAACAACAACAAAAAGGUCCAUAUUAAAAUUCCUGAUCUGACCUGUUUGUGUUAGGGAAUGGUCACACAACUCUCAAGUCAUCCGUUCUGAGAAGAAGUGGAUGUUCACACCUUCCUGGACCAGAAGCGAAAAAAGGGGGAAAACCAAGCGAGGAGCCUUCAAGCUCUGAGACACAGUGAGGAGGGUCAGCCGGAGAGAAGAGGAAGAAGAGGCAUCACAGCAUCUUCGCUGUUCUCGUCCCAGAAGGGCUAGCUGGUGAUCUCUCUCACUCUCCUCCCCUGCACGCUGCUCUGCACUCUGCACAGAGACUCCAGAGAGAUGGCUGCAGCCAAGACAGAGCUUCUGCCUGCCCUGCAGAUCUCGGACCCUCUGAGCUUCCCUCAUUCACCAAUGGAUAGCUACCCCAAGCUGGAGGAGAUGAUCAUGCUCAGCUCCGCGGGGACCCCCUUCCUGAACGCCUCCGCGCCUGAGGGCACGGGCUUCAGCUCCGGAGAAGCAGGAGAGCAGUACGACCACUUGACUGGAGACACUCUUCCAGAAAUUGCCUUGAACUGCGAGAAGUCCCUGGCUGAGCAGAGCUACCCCACCCAGAGGCUGCCCCCCAUCUCCUACACAGGGCGCUUCACCCUCGAACCUGCCGCCAACUGCAGCAACAGCCUGUGGGCGGAACCUCUCUUCAGCUUUGUCAGCGGGUUGGUGGGCAUCAACCCUCCCCCAGCUUCAAUCCCCUCCUCUUCGGUCACUCAGGCCACUCCCUCUUCUUCGGCAGCUUCAUCUUCCGCCCCUUCAUCCUCUGUCUCCUCCUCCUCUUCUUCCUCCCCAUCCUCGUCGGCAUCUGGCUCCAGCUUGAGCUGCUCGGUCCACCAUAGCGAGCCCAACCCCAUUUACUCGGCUGCUCCCACCUACUCCAGUGCCAGCCCUGACAUCUUCCCCGAGCCUGGCCCCGGCUUCCCCUCGGCAGUAAGUGGCAGCUCUCUGCCGUACCCACCCCCAGCCUACCCUGGUGGCAAGGCCUGCAGCGCCAGCUUCCCCGUGCCCAUGAUCCCUGACUAUCUGUUCCCCCAGCAGCAGGGUGAGAUCAGCCUGGUACCACCUGACCAGAAGCCCUUUCAGACACAGGCAGGCCAACAACCUUCCCUCACACCGUUGUCCACCAUCAAGGCCUUCGCCACACAGACUGGAUCACAGGACCUGAAGGGGGUCUACCAGUCACAGCUCAUCAAGCCUGGCCGCAUCCGCAAGUACCCCAACAGGCCGAGCAAGACACCCCCUCAUGAGCGGCCCUACGCCUGCCCCGUGGAGACGUGUGACCGGCGCUUCUCGCGCUCCGACGAGCUGACACGCCACAUCCGCAUCCACACAGGCCAGAAGCCCUUCCAGUGCCGCAUCUGCAUGCGUAACUUCAGCCGCAGCGACCACCUGACCACACACAUUCGCACGCACACGGGCGAGAAGCCCUUUGCCUGCGAGAUCUGCGGCCGCAAGUUCGCCCGCAGCGACGAGCGCAAGCGCCACACCAAGAUCCACCUGCGGCAGAAGGACAAGAAGGCCGAGAAGACUGCUGCCGCCGUCGCCCAGAAUACAUCCGUCACCUCUGUCUCUAUCUCGGCCCCUUCGCCCGCAUCCAGCUACCCCUCUCCUAUCGCCUCCUACCCAUCCCCAGUCUCCUCCUUCCCGUCCCCGGUGGCCUCUUGCUACUCCUCUCCAGUCCACACCUCCUACCCAUCCCCUUCCAUCGCCACCACCUACCCCUCAGCAUCCAGCACCUUCCAGACGCCAGUGGCCACAUCCUUCCCCUCCUCCGUGGCCAGCAACAUCUACAGCUCACCUGUCACCACCCCACUGCCUGACAUGCAGGCAGCCACCCUCUCGCCACGGACAGCAGACAUCUGCUGAGACUCUGAUCCUGGACGAGCGCUCUACUCCUCCAUCCGGUUCAGCUCCUGUCUGAGAGGGACAGCAAGCGUCAUGGACUUGUCAGCCCUCUCGCUGCAAAAAGCACUUUUCUGUCUGCACUCUCUGCGACUUUCAGUUACACAAAUGGUCAAAUGAGAAAAGGGAUCUUUUUUAUUUUCGCUCCCUCGCCGCAGAAUCCUUUCCCUUCAAAACGAGGCAUUCAAGACUUUAAGAACGGCAAAAAGUGAAGCAACAGGCGUUUGGCAAGUUUCUUUGUUUUCCUCUGACUGUAUUAUUACAAAGAACAAGCAACAAGGACUACAUUAUACUGAAAUGCCUGCAGGUUUCAAGCUCGGAAGCCCUCACUUAGGCAGGAGCACAUUUACAAAAAGACAUUGAGUAAUAUACAUAAGCUACAGUAUAUGUAUAUUGUACAUGUGCCAUGUUUGAGUUUUUUCGUUUUUACUUUUUAGUACCAUUGUUGUGAAAAUUGAUUUGAAUAUUUGCAUUGUAUUAUUCUAAAUUGAGCAGGGCCAUAUUUUAUACAUUCUGUAGUACGUAGUGAAAAUGCUGUGAUAAGUUUUUUGACUUUGUUUGGAUAAAAGCACUUAAGUAUUCCGACGCAUGUGUAAGAGUGAUGUUACUUUCUCUUAUUUUGUAAAUAUCAUCCUCUGGUACUAUUCCUCUCUCUCUCUUUCUCAAAUGUGACAACAACGGUUUGCUUAACAGAGGGGAGAAAAAAAUGCAGGAAAAAAAAACAUCAACAACAAAUCUUCAAAUUUUUCGGUGCCUUUUGAGAAGCCUUGCAGAUGUUUUGACAGAUAUACGCGAGAGUGGAUGCUUUUGCAUCUAGCCUUAAGGUGUAAGGGAUUUUUUUUCUCUUUUUCCUUUUUUUUCUUCUUUAUUUGGAAAGUCAUUUCAAGGAACGAAGGGAAAGAAUAUGAGGGCACUGCAUCAUGUUUUUUGGGAUGUAAGCAAAAAAAAAAAAAGAAAGAAAGAAAAAACUAUAUUUUUGUAACUGAAAUGUACAUAUCUACAGGAGUUGGAAUGCUGUAGUUACCUACUGAGUAGGCAUGGGA